UGCAGAGACACUCUGGCUGGCAGUUUUUCUCAUCCACCCCCCCCCGGAGAUUGCUUUAUUUAAAAUGCCUUCAGUUUGUAUAAUAUAUCUUGACAACGUUUACUACCAUGUGUUAUAAAUAUGUACUUUUAUACUUGCAGAAACUGCUGCUAACUUUUAAAGUUGUUUGGUUUUCAGGCACUGAUAAUGGAUAUUAUAAAGUCCAUGGUGUCUGUUAAAUAAAAUGCCAUUCUGCAGAGAUAAUAAUCCCACCAGAGCAAUAUUGCCCAUUGUAGAAUUAUUCUAGUUAAUGAGCCAAAUCUCUGGCUAAUAUUGGAAAUUUGAUAGAUUAUAAUGUUGAAUUGGAACUCGGAGCUUUUAGUCAGAGGUGAUGAUCAGUCAUUUUAGAAAAAGCAUUUUUUUCUAUUUUCUCUAAUCUUAUUUAUUAAACAAGUCAUGUUUUAGAUAGAAAGUCUUCAUUUUCUUUUUUGUUUUCUAAAAUGUAGUAACCAAGACUCAUAUUAAGAAAAAAAAGGCACAAAUAGGAUUAAAAGAGAAUUCAAAUCUACAUUAAAAUGAUUCAUCUAAAUUGAUGAGAAUGAGCAUUAUAUUUUCAUGGUGAUCCUAGAAUGAGAUGUAGUCAACAUUCUUAUAUCAAAAGAACUAUCAGCUCACUUUAAUUGAUUGUAUGAGAUUCUCUUUUCUAACAUUGGACCAUUCUGACCAGAGUACCCAGUUGACCCCAGACACAUACCAAGACAUCAGUGCUUUUCAGGUCACAUAAACUUAUUAAUUAUGACUGGAUGCUCAUGACUGCUGCAUCUUUGCCUUUCGGAAUUCAUUGAGGUUCCCUCUGUGUAAAUUUAGUCACCAUUUCAAAGGGAUUCAGAAAAAUAUAUACUACCCUAGUCCAGAAAAAAUCAACUUUUUGCUUUAACUGGGCAGUGAAGACUGUAACUCCUCUGUCAUAAAUAGCACUCAUUAUAUUUUGACAAUGUAUACAUACACUGAUGUUAAUUUCUCUCUAAAGUUUAUAGAAAUAAAGAUAAUUUUGCUUUUAAAAAGGAGUCUAUCACUUGAUACUUUCUGGUAUUAAAAAAAGUCUACUAAAAACAUUGGAUAUAAGAAAUUAUACUCUUUGUGCUUUUCUGCUUUUCAUGACAUGACAUUGAAUUAAAAGGAACUAAUUAAUGUGUCUUUGAACCAACUGCAUAUUUUUUCUGUUGAACAAGAAUUCUAAGCAUAUAAUGUAUCCUAAUCUAAAUUCUGGUAGUAGGUAUUUAACUCAUAUUUCCUACCUGGUUAUGUUUUAAUGACUUGAGAGGACAUCUCUGCAACUACCUAUUUCAGUGCAAAGAAAACAUUCAUUAGCAAGAUACUUUUAGUAAAUCAGUUUUAUUCCCUGAAUAAUAAAGUUGGGUACAAUGUUCACUUUAAUAUCUAUUCUGGUUAUAAGGAUUUCCCAUAAGCUAAAUUUCCUCCUGAAAGGAAGAAUACUCUUGAGUUCUGUGCUGCCCACCCUGAAUAUGAGUCCUCUGUUUCUGAGUCACCUUCAUGUUGCAUUCCAGUUUUGUUUGCUUUGUUUUUAAGUAUAGUGAACUCCUUGAGCUUUACCUCUGCAUGAUGUCAGCUGUUACAGUAGUAUGGACUGAGUGCUCUUGGGUAUCAUUUGGAAAGUUUUGUUUUGAAAUGCCAAAGAAAUAUACACAGAAGGAGGUGCUGAGAUCACUGCAUCAGUUGGCAGCCUCAGGAGGUGGGCAGGUAGGUAUAUGGGCCUGGAUGUGUGGUCUUGCCUCUCCCUUGUUCCACCCUGGGCCACAAUGCCACAGUACCAGACCUAGGAGUAGUUCAGCUGCGCUGCUGAGAAACUCUACCUCACUGACCCCAUGAAGGCACGUGUGGCUCUCAAAUGUAGGCGUUCAGAUGGGAGUUUGUGUAUUAAAGAAAGAGAUGAUUUGGUUUGUUUAAUGCAUAGGAUUGAGAAAUUCCACAGUCAACUAAUAGGACUUAUGGUGGCCAAGGAAUCCUGCGGUGUUACCAUGGAAGCAGACUGAAUAGUUUGAAAUGAAGAUUGUUUGUCAUGUUGUUAGGAAGUAAAUAUCUUUUGAAUUUAAGAAAAUGUUGGAACAGAAAAUACUUUAUGUAACUAAGUGGAGUAUUCAAAAGCCAAGAGAUUACUUUUUGUAUUUUCUUUUUUUAAUGUUUACUUUAGAGAGCUAGGAAUGUAAAUGCCUUUCAAUUAGAAAGCCUCUAUUUAUUUUUGGAAAUUGAACAAGAAUUGCAUCUAUCUUAGCAACUUUUUGUGGAUUAUUUGAUGUUAGGUAAAAUAUAUAAUUCUCUGAUAAAUCUGUAUCAGUAAUUUGAAAAUGAGAUAAUCAUGAAAAGCCAGUUCUUUCAUCAAUUUAGUUGAUCUGUCUUUAAAAGAAAAUGAAAUGUAAUCAUUUUUGAUUGAUCAAUGUAUUUCUUUUGGAGCAUAAAAUUUGUGUUGUUGAUGACAAAUACAUAUAAAAUAUGGGAGACUAAGGCAGGAAGAUCAUGUGAGGCCAGGAGUUCCAGGCUGCAAUGAGC